GUCUUGGACCGAGUGGAGAUCCCAGAGAACAUUCCGGAUGCUAAUCCGCAAGGGAUACAGAAUCGCUUUUGGCAGUGGCGGGGACAGCGUAUUCGCUACCAAUCACUGGGUGAGGAGCACACUGAGGGCCCCAGCGUUCUUCUGGUCCACGGCCUGUUUGUAAAUGCUGAUCACUGGCGGAAUAACCUGCCGGCUCUGGCAGAAGCGGGAUUCCGGGUCUUCGCUAUUGACUUGCUGGGCUCAGGCUACAGCUCCAAGCCACCACCCUGUGGCGAGGAGGGCCAGGCCAUCAAUGGCGAGAAUGGCCGAAGUUUGGAUGCUCCCUUGGUGGACCUGGUGGACGCUUCCGGCAACGACCGGGGCCCGGUCAAAGUGCCACAGCAACACCCCCUGGGCUCGGUCUACAAUUUCUUCACUUGGAGUGAGCAGAUCCGAGAUUUCACCCGGGAGAUCAUUCAACCACCGACCGGUGGCGUGACUUUGGUCACCAACUCCAUCGGAUCAAUUUCAGGUCUCCAGGCUGCCGUUGACGAGACGGAACUGUUCAACGGUGUGGCGAUUCUGAACCCCAAUUUUCGAGAGCUUCAUGUGGCAGAGCAGCCACCAUUCCUGCCUCCCCUCGUUUCCGCCGUCCAAGGGACCUUGCGCGAGUAUGGCCAGCCUUUGUUCGACAUGCUGGCAAACCCGGGAACCGUUGGCCAGAUCUUGAAGGAACCUUACCAUGAUUCUUCCACAGUCACAGACGAGUUGGUGGACGUUCUCCUCAGCCCACUUCUGACGAAAGGCUCUGCGGACGUCGUCUUUGACACCCUGUCUUAUUCAGCUGGGCCUUUGCCAGAGCAGUUGCUGGCAGAUGAGCGCCUUUCUGACAUUCCGGUUUGGGUAUGCUGGGGUGAGGAGGAUCCUUGGACACCAGCGCCCCGUGUGAAGGCCUUGCAGCGCUUCAAGCCGGUGCAAGAUGUCGUGCCUCUUCCAGGAGUUGGCCACUGCCCUCACGAUGAAGCGCCUGAGAUUGUGAAUGAUUUCCUGGUGAAAUUCAUCCGGGGCCUGCCACUAAAGAGCAAAUGA